AUGGCCGAUACCGAACGAACGAUCCUUGACUUCUACCAGAUUCCUACGCUUUAUCCUACAGAGUGGCCGGCGGAGAAAGAUCUGGAAGACCUUGACGAAGAUGAAGAAGGGGGGAAAGGCGCUGCAUUGAAACGGAGACAAUCUCGCUACCAGGCGCUUGAAAGGGCCGUGAGCCAACGGAAGAGCAACAUUCCCAGAGAGGAUGACCAAGGAGGUGUUGGCAAUAUAGUGCAGAAGGAUGAGCCCGACCCGUUAGGAACUACAGACAGCGUUGUCAGAACCCUCAAGCAUCUUGGCCUGCCCCUCCAAGAUGACCACCGACUACGCAAUCGAUUUCUUCUUUCUUCGACAACCUUCUCGCCAGCUUUGUUUCUCUCCCAAAUGCACGCUACCGCCGACACUCGGAGUCUACUCACUGGCCUUGAUGUCCUUUCACAGUCCAUCGAUCAGAAGUCCGCCUCACUCAAGGUUCUUGUUGAGACCAACUUUGAAAGAUUUGUGAAAGCCAAAGCAACUAUAGAUAAUGUCUAUAAAGAGAUGAAAUAUCGCGGGGCUGAACCACCCGAUCCAAACAAUCCAGGCCCUUCUAAUGCAGCUCAGCGUCGUAGCUUUCGGAAUAGUGUCGUCGGUGGUGCUGGCUUAGGAAUUAACAAUCCCCUGACAUCUCCUACCACUGAUACGCGUAAGAAGAACGCGUUGACCAAGGAGAGCGAGUAUGGUGUUCUGGGUAUCAAAGGCCCUCUAUUAGAGGUAUCGGCAAAGGCCGAAGAUGUUUGGGGACCUGCCCUGGGAGGAAGGGAAAAGGAGGAAAACCUCAAAACCGUUUCCAACCAUCUAACUAGAUUCAAAGACUACGUGGAGUUAAGCACCGCAUUGGCUGACAGUAUCAAACGAAAGGACUACGAAUCGUUGGUCGACGAGUUCGGCAGGGCCAGAAAGAUUGCAGACGAAGCGCGACAGCUCACCGAAGACAUAGGGGAUGAGACCCCAACAGAACCACAGCUCUACCAGUUGUUGAUAGCAGGUCGCAUGUGGCAUGACGUGGAUCAGCAGAUCCGCUCUUUCAAACGCGAUAUUUGGAAAAGGCUGGUUACUCUGCAUACAGCGUCCAAGGCAGAUGGUGCAACAGGUCGUUCCCAGGAUCAGCAUAUGGAGCUCAUUGGGUUGCUCUUGGAGCUUGGCGCCGACGACAACCCGAUAUGGGUAUGGCUUUUGAGUCGAUACGAUCAUCUCAAAGGCAAAAUCCAAUCGACCGCAGACCGCUCAAAGGUUGAGAUCGAGGUGCUUCGUCGCAGGCUGGCCAGCAACGAUAAGCCAAACCCGAACAUAAUUGCCGCGCAUCUUCGAUCCCUGGGACGACCAGUAGUUGAGGACAAGCCCCAGACAUUUGAUUCCCCUGAGGUUGUCGAGCUUUGGGAGAAGAUGCUGUUAUUUCUCCACAGUCUUUUGUCAGGUGAAGGCAUCCUGGGCGAAGUAAUAGAAUUCUGGCAGACAGUACAAGGGUUCAUAAACGGUUCUGCCCAGGCUGCCCUUCCUGUAGGAUAUCGUGGCGAGUCUCGGCAUCAUCAUGAGUUAUCACUGCAGAGUAUUGCAGAAUUACGAAAGGGAGCCGUGGAAUUGGUGGACUUGCUUCGAGAGCACGCCUACUCUUUCUUUGUGGACGUGCCUCCCGAAGAUGUAUCACUGCUGUUUUCGCCGCUUCCUACUACGCCCGCCCCGACGACGCCUCAGUCUGGCUCUCUGGUCUCACCACGAGACCCACGCUUCAAUUUCGACCCUAACAAUAUGCCUCCUCCCUCACCCAAGAGAGGAGAGGUCUGGGAGAAGCUAGCGUUUUGGCCCCCAUGGUCCAACUCUAUUAGCGGCGUACACUAUCUGUCCAAGAUGCUGACUUUAGUUGGUGCUGGAGCGGGUGACCUGGCGUGCAUUGAGCCAAUCGAAUCAGGCGAAGGCCAGGUUAUCGAUCGUCUCAGGAGUCUUGUUGGAGGCUCCCGAGAGCGCUGCGUUACAGCAUUAUGUGCUGCCUGGAACCGGGAUGCUGAGAAUAUUAAGUAUGUCGAGGACUGGCAACGCUCGGUUGAGAUGGGUGACGUGACGCGUAUGCCGUCUAGUUUCGCUGCCUUUGAGGGGGCAGUUUUGUCGGGCAUGCAAAAGAUUCUCUAUAUCCCUGAUGCUAUGUCAAGGUCAGGUUCGGGAGAUAUUGUCUUGCCGCCCCCAACCAAACUUCUUCAGAUGGUUCGCAGCCAAUAUGUCACUACCUUGUACAAGGCCUUGAGUGGCAUGGUCGAGAAUGCCGAGCGAUCUUUAAAGAAGACCGAGGACGACUGGUCAAUAGACAGCGAGGGAUCGCUUGCAUCAGCCGCAGCGCCUAGUAUGGCAGGCAAGGGAGCGUUGGACUCAGGAGACAGGAAUAUCCGUAUGCUUAUGACAUUAAGUAACCUUUCCUCACUGCGGUCGCAAGUGGUGCCAAGUCUCAACUUACAGUUCGAAAAUGCUUUUUCUGUCAAGUUGACAGAUGAAUCCAAGAAGAUUCGCGAAGUUUUGGGCCAAAUCCAUGACCGGCUGUUUCAGUCUUACACAAAGCAAUCGAUUGAGAGACUUCGCGACGUCAUCCAAUCUGGUAUCUCAGCUCCUGGUUGGGCUCCCGGUCAAGGGCAACGCACGCAAGCCGCCAAACCAUACGUCUACGAGGCCCUGCUCACUCUUGUUCUCGUUCAUUCUCAGGUCUCUACUACAGCGCCGGCUCUUACUGUUGAGGUCCUGUCUUUCCUCCUCGAGCAAACAUCUGUCCAGCUCCUAGAAGCUUUCCGACGACGCCCACGCUAUACCCUCGAAGCUCUGAUGCAGGCGACACUCGACGUUGAGUUCGUCGCCCAAACCCUCAGCCACUACACUUCGGAACGGGCUUCGGAGCUUCAGAGCCAGAUCUACCAAGAACUCGAUGCGCGGACAGAUAACGAAGCACGCGCGCGUCUCCAGGGUGAGCUAUCUGACAUGCGCAACGUCCUCAAGCGACUGAGGGAGGCAAGCAAAAAUGAAUUCGCUUGCUUCAAGAAGCCAAAGAGGCCUGGCCAUGGCCCUAGCAGGAAUAACAGCGGUCUCUCUGGCAUCUCAGUCUAG